UAGAAGCAGACAGCGAGACAGAGAAAGGUGCGUCCGACGUGUGGCUGCAGUUUAGAUGGGUGGAGUGUUCCCGUGUUUAGGGAGAUUCUUUUUAGUUUUUCUAAUGCGACAGGUUGCUGCAGUUCAAAAUGAAAUCGACAGUUGCAUACGGAAAUAACUAAUGUAGUAAAAUAUAAAGGGUAAUGAACCAGCAAUACUAGCUAAGAAUUGAACAGGACAUAACUUCUUGAAAGAUGGAUUCAGUUUCAGAUCCAGUUUGUAUAAAUGGAGAGGAGAAUGACGAGGAACGGACUGAGCCUGCUAAUGAAGAGUUGGAUGAAGACAUUUUCAGUUAUCUGUCUAACGAAGAGCAAGAAUGUCUAAAAUACCUAAUGGACACCAUUGAUUCCUUGGAAGCUGAUAUGGUGGCAGACGAUCAAGAAGAAAGGACAGGAGGAGCACAGGAAACAGAAACGCUAACAGACAAUGCGGAUGAUAGGGAUGGUGGUCCGAACAUAGAACCAGAACAAGAGGAGGUCACCCCCGCUGCUGAGGAACCCCAAAACCCAAAUCCAGUCACAGCAGAUCACAAUCACCAACUUGAAAUGCCAACAUCUGCCCCGCUGGAUAUACCAGCUAUCCGUCCGCAAACCCUGGUCUCUCCACGACUGGCCCGAUCCUCCAGCCACCAGCCUGCUCACGUGCGCAAGUUUGACACCAUCUUGAGAUCAGGAGUUAGCGUCCAGGAGCUGCGGGCUCAGGUUCUGGCUCGGUUUGGUGGCACCUGCACGGAUGAAUCAUCAAACCUUCGCGAGGGUCCGCGAUCCCCCACUUCUUUAUUUCCAGAAGGUUCAGACUUCAAUAGCCCAAGGGUCGAUGCUCUUCAGAAACUGGGGUUCCUUAAAACUCCAGAAGAGGCACCAACACCCCCAGGGUCUCCUAGGGAGCAGAAGUACUCUCAGUCGCCCCCAGAUACGACCAUGUCAAGCCCUCAAAUGUCAUCCACCAUUGAGGAUAAAGACCAUCAGGAAGCCUUAAAGAAACUGGGACUUUUGCGGCUCUAACUCAGGCAAAGUUGACUUGAUGUAACUCGGAUCUCUCUCUGAGAUUUUUUUUAUCUAAAGCAACUAUGCAAUAGCUCUCUGCAAUACCUGUGAGUACUAUGCAGUAGUACUCACGGGUAUGCACAACGUCUCACCACUUGGACCACUUGGGGUUAAUAUGGGCGUUUUAUAUUUAUUUAAUGUAUUUAUAAAAGCAGAUCCGUAAAUUCAGAAAAUGCAGUAACAACUAACAGAAUGUGUAAAAUAAUAAUAAUAAUAAUAAUAAUAAUAAUAAUAAUAAUAAUAAUAAUAAUAAUAAUGUAUAAUAAUAAUAAUGUUUGUGCCCAUUGAUUAACACAUGUUUUACAAAGUGUUUAUGUCAAUGAAUUCACAACCCCAAAUUUAACAAAAAACACAAAUCAUUUAUUUAUUUAUUUUUAAAUAAUUUAUUCAAGAGUAACUUGUUAAGGGUGUGACAUAUCUAAUGUAUUAUUCUUGUAUCAUUCAGUCAUCACAUCUUUUAAAACUGGUAGGUGACUAAUUAAGGGUUAUUUAAUUGUGAAGCAUGUGAUUUUAGAUGGACAGAAGUGCAGUUGCGUUUGAAAUCUAAGAACAUUUCAAUUACAUUUUAGAACAUUAAUAAAAAAAAAAAAAAUUCAAAGUUGUUUUAAAAUUGCGCACCCACAUUAUCAAAUACAUGUUGUUUUUUGUUGCUUUGUUUUGUUUUUUAAGUGGAGACCAGUCAACCCAUUCAGCUAUUUUUACCUCAACUAUAAUCUCAGAUUAGUCUACCCCAAUACUGCACUUUGGCCUAGACCUCGGCCUCAACCUCAGCCUAAUGUCUUUGAGGUGUUGACUUUAAAUUUGGUCCUCAGCUGUAUAUCCACACUCAACACCUUUUAAAGAGAGCAUAGUCACAUUCAAGCGACUGCGUUUUAUUUAGUAAAAAGAACAUUUUCUACUGUAAUUUACUUUUGCAGCAUUUACAUUGCUGCAUACAAUGGUAAGAUUUGCUUACCUCACCAUCAUAUUUGCCUACUAAAUUGAAUUCCCCUGAUUCUUUUAGCUAGUACAAUAGCUCAGACCAGCAGUUUAGGAAGCCAUUUAUUUAGUUAUAUAAAUCACCAAAAUUACAUUUCCGAGAGGGUUUUAAAUUGCCUGUACUCUUUUGUAAGGCUAACCAAGUUUUGAAAUGAGUUCAGACUUAUCCCAGUUGAACUCUGAAUUGUAAAUGAAAAAUGUCCUUUUUUCAUUCUACCCAGUUUCGUAUGUGAAAUAUGCAGAGUGCCAUACACAUUUAUAUGUAUAUAUAAAAAAAUCAAACAAUGUGUUGUUUAGGGAUAGUUUAACAUUAGAUACAUUAGUGCCAUCUGCUGGAAGGCAGUGGUUAAUACAGCAUCAUUAUAUAACCUACUUUUAUUUGGAACAGGAUGAAGAACCAUUUUAUACAAAAAAACAGGGCCAUAUUCUGUAUGUGUAUAUAUUCUGAAUAUUGUUUAAUACAAAUAUAGUGUACAUGCUACCCUUAAAAUCAAAAAGUGAGCAGACUGUGAUAAAAUGUAUCUUGAAAGCAAAACAGCCUUGUUCUGGCUAUUGCAAUAUUUACAGGGCUCAACAUUAGGAAGACAUAGGAUAUAGUGCAGCCAUGAUGGCAGUGCUUUGACCUGCAAGUCUGCAGAGGGUUUGCAUUGUGACCAUUUUUCAAUGAUUUCUUCAGGGGAGUUAGGCACAGAAAUCUGCAGUGCAAUCCCAGCAGCAAUGUGAAAGGUACUUCUGCAGCGACAGAAAAUACAACAAAAAUACAAAUGUGUGGGUUUGUGCUCUCAAGCAGGAAACACAGUAUUCUGUUUUUUCUUGUGCUGACGACAGUACGUAUAAAAAGACACAACGGGAAACAUUUAUCAAGGUAUUUCUGAAACUGACCCAGCUGUUAAUGUUGCAAAAGUAGUAUUCUUCUGACUUUUGCAACAGCACUUAAAUUUUAUUUCACAAAACAUGUUGCAAAUCGAUCAAUCUGUAAGUGUAAUAAAAGGCAUUAAUACUACCAUUGUGGAUGAAUUCGUUUUAUGAGCUAAUAUU